AUAUGCGUGUUAAUAUAUUUCGUGUUUAAAGUCUUUUAAAUGGUUGCUGAAAACUGAUUACAAGUAUUUUUCAAAAGCAUUUGUACAUUUGUAUAACUACAUGCUCCACGUGACAGAUCUUCUUGAUUGAUGUGGUAUUUGUUGGAAUGUACAUUGAUUUACUAUAUAUUCAGAAAGUGCAUGUACGUUUCCAUCAUAUUUAAUUGGUCAAUGGACAGAUGUGACCAAAGGUGCAAACAUAACAUUCCAGACAACACCUUCAAAGUUAACAGAUUGGAAAGUUAAAGUUACGGGUGUAAACUAUGACGGUCAAACAUGUAUCCACAACACUGGAAACGUCUAUGUUUUUGAAGGAGACGAUACCUUUUUCGACCCAUUUGUUAACGGAAUCAGAAAGUACUAUAUGUGUAUGAAGAUUACAAAGAUAUCUAAUGAUGUUCUAUAUUAUUACCUCUUGGCAGAUACAAAUUCUGAAGCAGAUAGAGAAAGAAUUUACACACCACACCCAGCACCAGAUGUCAGCACUACUCCGACGUGCGAUUACUGUCAAUUUACCGAAACAAUACCUGACAGCGAUUUUCGGGAACUAAGAAAACUAGGUACAAGUGAAACGUUGACCUCGACCCCUUCUCUCUGUCUGCCAUGUGAAGUAACGUGCGAAGAGAAUACCACUUUAAAAGCCUCAACACUGGGACCGUCCUCUCCACUUGCAGUAGUGACAACAAUGCCUUCCUCAACCAUUCAAACAACACCAGAAGUAUCAACUCCUUCAAUAUUACAAUCUUCUACAACAGAAAUGUUAACAACAACAAAAGUAACACAUGAAUCUUUAAAACAGGCAACAACAAACGGAGCAGAAAAUGCAUGUACGUUUCCAUCAUAUUUAAUUGGUCAAUGGACUGAUGUGACCAAAGGUGGAAACAUAACAUUCCAGACAACACCUUCAAAGUUAACAGAUUGGAAAGUUAAAGUUACGGGUGUAAACUAUGACGGUCAAACAUGUAUCCACAACAAUGGCAAUGUCUAUGUUUUUGAAGGAGACGAUACCUUUUUCGACCCAUUUGUUAACGGAAUCAGAAAGUACUAUAUGUGUAUGAAGAUUACAAAGAUAUCUAAUGAUGUUCUAUAUUAUUACCUCCUGGCAGAUAAAAAUUCUGAAGCAGAUAGAGAAAGAAUUUACACACCACACCCAGCACCAGAUAUCAGCACUACUCCGACGUGCGAUUACUGUCAAUUUACCGAAACAAUACCUGACAGCGAUUUUCGGGAACUAAGAAAACUAGGUACAAGUGAAACGUUGACCUCGACCCCUUCUCUCUGUCUGCCAUGUGAAGCAACGUGCGAAGAGACUACCACUUUAAAAGCCUCAACACUGGGACCGUCCUCUCCACUUGCAGUAGUGACAACAAUGCCUUCCUCAACCAUUCAAACAACACCAGAAAUAUCAACUCCUUCAAUAUCACAAUCUUCUACAACAGAAAUUUUAACAACAACAAAAGUAACACCUGAAUAUUUAAAACAGGCAACAACAAACGGAGCAGAAAAUGCAUGUACGUUUCCAUCAUAUUUAAUUGGUCAAUGGACUGAUGUGACCAAAGGUGGAAACAUAACAUUCCAGACAACACCUUCAAAGUUAACAGAUUGGAAAGUUAAAGUUACGGGUGUAAACUAUGACGGUCAAACAUGUAUCCACAACACUGGCAAUGUCUAUGUUUUUGAAGGAGACGAUACCUUUUUCGACCCAUUUGUUAACGGAAUCAGAAAGUACUAUAUGUGUAUGAAGAUUACAAAGAUAUCUAAUGAUGUUCUAUAUUAUUACCUCCUGGCAGAUAAAAAUUCUGAGGCAGAUAGAGAAAGAAUUUACACACCACACCCAGCACCAGAUGUCAGCACUACUCCGACAUGCAAUUAUUGUCAGUUUACCCAGACAAUACCUGACAACGAUUUCCGGGAACUUAGAAAAACUGGUACAACUGAAACAUUAACUUCUACCCCAGUCUUUUGUUUGCCAUGUGAAGCGACGUGCGAAAAGACUACCACUUCACAAAAAACAACAAUGAUACCAUCUUCCUCGCCUAUCACAACGACAGAAGAAGUCACGACAAAGCCUUCGUCACUACUACAAACAACAUCGGAACUAUCAACUCCUACAACAUCACUGUCUUUCACAUCAGACAUAACAACAGAGUCUACAACAGAAAAAGCGUCAUCAUUAACAAUUGAAAAAAAUCCUUCACAACCGGCAACAAUGGAUUCAAAAUUACAAACAGGUACGACGACAAAGGUCAGAACGACAGAGGCUUCGACAACAAUUAAAUCAACACCAAAAGCAUCAGUUACAAAGGAGAAAACAUCACAAGAAAGCUCAAAAUCCACAACAAACAUUGAUAGAUCAGACGCUACAACAACAGAAACCAUGUCAACAUACUUUACAACUGUAACUACAUCGGAACUUGUAACAACACCAGAUAAAGUUGUAACUACAUCAAAAGACGCCUUAACAACAACUGAUGGAUCUAUAUUGACAACACAACAAGAAAUAUUUAAAACUACGGCCAGACCGUCGGGAACAGGAUCUAUAGUUGACAACAAUACUGAAGGACUAACCGAAUCCAGCAUUUUACUAAUUACAGCAAGCAGUAUAUCUGGUGUUUUGUUAGGUCUGGCUAUAAUAACACUAUGUUUAUGUUUAAUUCGCCAUAAAACGAACAUAGUUAAAGGCCAUACGGCUCAACGACGUCUGCAUCAUCAAAGAGACAGAGAUUAUUUCAAUCCACUUUGAGUACGAACAUCGUGAAGAAUUUACAGACCAAUUGCAUUGACAAUCUUGAUUGAAGACUUUUUUUUUGAAAAAGAAGAGGAUUGUAAGCUUUAAAAAAAGACGUCAUGAAUAGAAUGACAAAUCAAAUGCGCAGCAGUGCCUGUGUACAAAUAAACUUGUAACGAGGAAAAUAAUUCUAAAAUGGCGUUUUGAAUGUAAAUGUUAUCACCUUGAUUUAAUCAACAAUUAUUUCAAUUGUUUGAAUUGGUCAAACAAUAAAAUAUGAUGAUAGGAAUAACAGAAAUGAUAAAUGAGUACGACAUGAGUCGAAAAUAUUUAAUAUUUAUAUACAACGAUAUAUCAGAAUUUCACUUGUGCCAAAUAUGUUUAAUUAUAAUUGUUAUUCUUUGUUAUCAAUAUACAUUUUAGAUCA